AUGCCGCCAGUCUCGGUAGCCAAUGGCGCGGCUCCCGCUGCCGAGACGUCGAUCGAUCUGCCCUUGUUCGACAUCUCGCACGAGUCCGCGGAGCUGGGGAGGGAGAUUGUGCAGGCGGCCGCAAAACACGGGUUUCUCUGGAUCUCUGGAUCACCGUCCUCAUCAUCGAAAGAUGGCAAUCACGGCAACGGUGAUUAUUCUUCUUACGACCUCGACGCCGCGAUGGUGCAAAACGUCUUCGACAUCGGCAGCCGCUUCUUCCGGGGUGCCAGCGGGGCGGAAAAGGCCGCGUGCAAGAUCACCAAGAACCGCGGCUUCGUGGACAUGCACGUCGAAAACCUGGAUCCGAAGGGUCACAAGCGCGGGGACUUCAAGCAGUGCUUCAACCUCCAGGAGCCGGAUCCAGAGACAGGCGCGUGGCGGCAACCGAUGCCUCCGCAGUUCUCAGAGCCUGCUGCCGAAACCGCGCUACGUGACUUUCACGCCCGCUGUAGAGCCAUCGCGGCGCGGAUCCUGCGUCUGAUCGCGCUGGGCUUGGACAUCCAGGACCCGGACUGGUUCCUCAGGUCGCAUGACGACCCUCACAAGUCACCCUACACCGUGCGCAUGCUCUAUUACCCGCAAUUACCCCCCGGCACCGACUACCGCGCCGAAGCGGACAUUCGCGCCGGCGCGCACAGCGACUACGGGAGUAUCACGCUCCUCUUCACGCGGCCGGGCCAGCCGGGGCUGGAGAUCCUGCAGGACGACGGCACCUGGGCCCGUGUCCCUGUCUCGCCGCCGGGCUACCACGACCCGGAUUUCCCUCCGAUUGUCGUCAAUAUGGGCGAUUUGCUGCAGUUCUGGACCAACGGCCUCCUCAAAUCGACGGUGCACAGAGUCGUGCUUGUUGAGGAAGAGCAACCAGAGGAUAGCAAUUCUGGCGCAACGUCGACGUCCGUGCAUGGAAGUGACAGGUACUCAAUAGCCGUGUUUGUCCAGCCAGCCGAUGAGACCGUGCUGGUGCCCGUGCCGUCGCAGGCCGUGGCGGAGCGCGCGGCAGCGUUUCAAAAGGCCGAGAUUGGCCGCGGUGGUGGCACGGUCACGGCCGAGUCGUUGAGCCAGGUUACGGCGGGAGAGCAUUUGCUCGGAAGGCUGAGAGCGACGUACGGCAUUGCGGUGACCGGAUAG